AUUAUCAUUAAAAAUAGUAAAAUUGAGAAAAGACCGAAUCUGAGAUAUUUCUUAUAAUUGGAUAUUUAACAAUUUUUAUAUUAUUAUUUUUUCGUUUUAAUCGAAUGACGUAAGACGUUAUGAAUACACAUGAACGUAGUAUGUUGUUGUGGUUAUGAAUGAAUACAUUCAAUCCAGUCUCGUUUGGCAUGUGUGCAAGAAUCAUGGUCACCUCUACUACAUUAGAAUUUAAUCAAGAGGAAUUUAAUAAGGGGAAUGAGAUCACGUAUAUUAGGAUCUGUUUGUUUCGUUCUCUGAAUUGUCAUAUUUAAAACGUGACAAAUAUAUAUUCGGAUAAAGAAAAGGAGAGUAAAAAAUUUGACGUGAGUAGUAAAAAUGCAAAACGAACGAAGAAGUAUAUAAAAAAAUGUUUACACCGAAUAAUAGUACAAAGUACUAUUCCAAAGUUCUAUUUCACGAUAAAAAUAACUACUGUGAUAUAUAAUUAAUUCGUGAUGUAACUUUAUGCACGAAGUUUUGAGUGCUUAUCAUAUUUGGAGGUUAUGAGGUGAUUAAAUACAUAUAAAAAGUGCUUGUGUGAUAUGAGAGAAAUUUAUAUAAGGAAAAUUCACUUAUAUAAUUAUUGAUUUUUAUUUUAAUGUAAUCUAGUGCACAAAUUAUACCAGUGUCAUACGUACACGUGUACGUACGCAUAUGUUUAGUGAGAUAAUAGAAUUGAAUUGUCAUCUCCAUAAAAUAGACGUUUAUUGUCUUUUUAUGCAGUUUUAAUAUUAAUUAUUGUUGUCUGAGCUUUAUUAUAACUAAGGAAAGGAUGGAACUGCACGCGAAUCGUGUUGAAAAACAAUCAUACCAUAGAUUUUGGCAUAGCAUACCAGUGCGCAUAUCCAAGGGGACACAAUAUUUUUUCUAUCGGCUAGGAAUACAAAUUACUCAACAUCCAUUUAAAUGGAUACUUGGAUGCUUCAUUAUAAUGUUAAUCUGUUUCUCAGGAUUGUUUCGCUUUCGACAGGAAAAAAAUCCUAUUAAGCUUUGGUCUCCACCAGAAUCUGGUUUCGCAUUAGAUACUGAAUGGCUACUAUCACAUGUGGAGCAAGGUUUACGAAUUCAAACAUUUAUCUUGACUGGUAGCAAUGUCUUAGAACAGCAAGCACUCAUUAAGUUAAAUGAAAUAACUAAACAAAUGAUCUCUAGUGAAACACCAAUAGAGAAAAUUUCUUGGACAAAUGUGUGCAUGAAGAUUCCUUCUAUUGCUGGAUUUAUGCAUAGAAGAAAAAGACAAAGCUCUCUUUUAGAAGAUGAUUUUUUUUACGAUGAUAUUAGUUCGAAAAUUAAUACCACUUCAUUUGAACCUGCUAUUUCUACUGAUACUAACUUAUAUUGCAACAUAAUUAAUAGUUUGCCUAGGACUUGCCUUCUAUUCAGUAUUUUGGAUAUAUGGAGUUUUGAUAAUGCUAAAAUUGAAAAGGAUUCCACAGAAGAAAUUAUUACAAAGAUAAAUACAGUAAAAGUUAGUCCUACAUUAGGCCACCCCUUAAAUUUCACUGAACUUUUGAGAGGCAUAACUUUGGAUGAAAGAGGCAGAAUUAUUGCUGCAACAGCAAUAAAGACGCAGUUAAUGGUUCACAUCAAGUUUCGUGAUGUGAACAUGGAUAAAAGCGGAAACAGUGCAGGAACUGCUGACUGGGCAACAUACGAAGUAUUAAAUUGGGAAUCAGUUUUGGACAUUGCUAAGAAGUUUUCAAACCAAUUGCAAAGUGAGAAAACUAAUAACUCGUUGGCAUUAUAUUAUGAAUCAGGCAGAAGCUAUGGAGAUCUCACCGGGUCAGCUAUAUUUCGAGAUAUAGAUAAAUUGAUUGUAGGAGUUGCACUAAUGUUUCUGUACGUUUUAAUGAUAUUGUCGAAUUAUAAUUGGGUAGAAUGGCGGUUUUGUCUUACGAGUGUUGGUCUUUUCUCUGUGGGCAUUGCAUUUAUACUCGCAGUGGGAAUAUGCUCUCUAAUUGGUAUUCCAUAUGGCCCAAUACAUACGUCUUUGCCAUUUUUACUCUUAGGUCUUGGGGUAGACGAUAUUUUUGUAUUUUAUGCAUUCUGGAAACAGAUACAUACUGAUGAAUUAAACUUAAGUAAAUCACUGACAGAGAAAAUCGGGCUUACGUUAAGUCUUGCCGGUUCUGCUAUUACCGUUACUUCGUUUACUGAUAUUGUGGCGUUCAUGAUUGGUGCUACCACUAUAUUGCCAUCACUUCGGUCGUUUUGUAUCUAUGCUGCAGUGGGGAUAUUCGUGACAUAUUUAUUACAAAUCACAUUUUUUAUUGCAUGUUUUACCUUAGAUUCCAAAAGAAUAGAACAAAAAAGAAAUGGGAUGUUACCAUGUAUCGUGCAUGAAAACUUUACGCCCAAAUUAUCAGAUCCGAGCAAUGCAUUCUCCUGGAAAAUUAUACAUUAUUUAUACUCACGUGUAAUAUUAACUUUGCCAGGCAAAAUUAUUGUAAUAAUGAUUACGUUUGUAAUGAUAUCGAUAAGCAUCGUGGGUACGCUUCAAUUAAAACAGGGAUUUGAUCCGGGAUUGUUGGUGCCGAAAGGAUCAUACUUGGACGAAUAUAUAAACAUACAUGUUCAAGUAUUUGAUGAAGGAUUUGAAGCUUUUGUUCUUAUGGGAGACGACAUUGAUUAUGCAUCUGAAUUUCCUAAGAUAAUAAAUUUAACAGAACGCUUAGAGAAUGUGUCUUUUAUACAAAAUAUAGAAUCUUGGCCGAUUUAUUUCGCAAAAUUUGUUUCGACGUACUUUGACACAGAUUUGAUGACCACAAAGAUUACAGAUGAUAUGUUUCAUCAUUAUCUAUCGAAAUUUCUCAUUAGUCAAACUGGUGGCAAAUAUCAGAGAAAUUUUGUUUUCAACGAGACUUUCACGUGUGGAAAGAAGGCUCCUCGAAUCAUAGCAGCGACCAUUGAAUUUAAGUUCAUAAUGUUUAAGAGUCCCUCCGAGUGGAUUCCAGCAAUGGAUGACAGUAAAAACUUGGUGAGUGAAGCGCAAAUUGAAGGCUACACAACAGUAUGGUGCAAAGCAUUUGGACCCUGGACCUCCGAUAAAAUGAUUACUCAAGAAGUAUCACGAAACCUUCUCCUGGCAUUGAUCUGUGUCAUGAGUACUACAGCAAUACUCAUCGCCGAGAUGCAGACCUGCAUUUGGAUUUUACUCUGCAUACUUCUCACACUUCUAAACGUUUGUGGCUUUAUGUAUUUCUGGGGACAACCGAUAGACAUGAUAUCCAGCAUUGGUCUCCAGUUGGCAAUCGGUUUAAGCGUGGAUUAUGCCGCUCACGUGGCGCAUGCCUUCUUGCAUACCGAGUUGUCAAAGGAUGACGACGAUGACUCUCCUCGCACAACUCGAGCGUUGAACGCGGUCAGACAUAUCGGGGCUGCAGUUGCAUAUGGUGCUGGUUCGACGUUGCUCGCCGUAUCGAUGCUGGCAUUCUCCACAUCCUAUGUGUUUGUAGCUUUCUUUAAAAUAUUCUUUCUGGUGAUAUUAUUCGGGGUCUGGCAUGGAUUAAUCAUGCUGCCAGUAGUAUUGAGUAUUAUCGGGCCACCGAGUUUACGCACAAAACAGCGAUCGCGACAAAUGGUUGCGGCUACGAUUGAUGAUGAAGAUUGAUGAAACGGACAGUUUGUUCAAGCCAUCCUUGUUCUUUAUCAAUAAUAUUUAUUUUUGGUUCAAUAAACAUACAAAAUUAUUACACUA